AUGGCAGACACGGACCCAAAACUUCAAGAUCAGGUUAUGGCUGGUGAGGAUGAUAAUAAUGAUGAGGAAGAGAUCUCAGCCAUGAAGCGUCGAGUCGCAGAGAUGGAGGAGGAAGCAGCCAAGCUUAGGGAAAUGCAGGCAACCCUUGAUCAACAAAGCACUGAUCUUAGAGAAGAUAAGGAAGACAUUGAUAGCCGCAGUAUCUUUGUUGGAAAUGUCGAUUACUCUGCUUCGCCAGAAGAUAUUCAAGCUCACUUCCAAAGUUGUGGAUCUAUUAACCGUGUAACAAUCUUGCUUGACAAGUUCACUGGUCAUCCUAAGGGGUAUGCGUAUGUUGAGUUUGUUGAACCAAGUCUUGUUGCACAAGCUUUGGUGCUCAAUGAGAGUGUCUUUAAGGGUCGCAACCUUAAGCGUGGCCGUGGUGGUCGAGGAGGCGGUAGAGGCCGUGGUGGCUUUUUUGGUGGCGGUCGUGGUGGCGGCUAUUCUCCUCGUGGAGGAUACCGUGGAGGUUACAGAGGUAAUCGUGGUAGAGGUUUCACACCAUACUAA